UGCCGGAUAUCAAAGCCACAUCGUAUAAAUUGAAUCGAAAACACACGAGUGUGUUACGCUAUACGAUACGGCACUCGGUUAACGUAAAGCGAUUAUGGCAGCUCUUUGUAACAGGUCAGUCGUUUUAUUGAGAUAUUAUAUUGUUAAUUUUUCAAAGAAAACAGGCCUCUUUUCAACAUAUAACUCCAGUUUAGUCGACAAGAGGGAAUCAAAGUUCAAUAAAUUCAAGAAGAAAACUUACAAACAUCCUCCCUGGUCUGUUGAACAGUCGUGGGAGGAAAAUCUGGCUGAUGUGGUUACUCCUCUGUGGAGGCUCAGCUAUGAGGAGCAACUUGAGGUCAAGCAAAAACAACAGCUAAAGAUUCUCUCUCAGCUCUCUUGGUAUCUUAUUGGGGACUCCCAGUCACAAACCUCAUCAUCUGUUAAGCACAAACCCAGCUUUACUGUCCUACCCAUCCUUCCGUCACCAGUGCAGAAUGGCUACAGGAACAAGUCCACAUUCAACGUCAACAAAGGAGUUGAUGGAAAUGAGAAGACCGUUGGAUUUUAUCUAGGCACAGGCGGACGAAAUAACAUUGUCUGUGUCAACGGAGACCACCUUCUCAACAUGCCAGAGAAACACAAGCUGGUGGCAAGAUGCUACCAGGACUUCAUACGCCGCUCUCCUCUGAAGCCGUGCCUGCUCUUUCACACUGGUGGUCACUGGAGAGAAAUCACAGUGAGAACCAACCACAAGGGCCACACCAUGGCUAUAGUGUACUUUCACCCUCAGACACUCACACCCGAGGAGGUGUCCAUCCACAAGGCUGACCUGCAGGAAUACUUCAUACACGGCCCUGGAUCAGUGUGUCAGCUGGACUCGCUGUUCUUUCAAGAGAGCGUCAUGACCCGCUGCACUCACGAACAAUCUCCCUACCAGCUCCUACAUGGUCAGCCUCACAUGUAUGAAGAGGUCCUUGGCUUCAAGUUCCGCAUUUCUCCAGACGCUUUCUUCCAAGUGAACCACACCGCUGCUGAGGUGCUGUACAGAACAGUAAGAGACCUGUGCACCCCGAAUACUGGAGAGGGCGGCGAAAGAACAAAACUGGGCGGUACACUUCUAGACGUGUGCUGCGGCACAGGUGCUAAUGGCAUCACCAUCUCCUCGCGGGUGGACAAGGUCAUUGGCAUAGAGCUCGUUGAACAGGCGGUGGAAGACGCUCGACACAACGCAUCCCUCAAUAACUUACUGAAUUGUGAAUUUAUCCCUGGGAAGGCCGAGGUGGUGGUCCCUGCUCUCAUGGCUAGGUUAAGUCAUGACGACACGGGCCUCACGGCUGUGGUCAACCCCUCCCGGGCUGGCCUGCACCCCAGAGUGGUUCGAGCUUUACGGAACCAGCCUCGUAUCCGUCGCCUGGUCUACGUUUCAUGUAAACCAGAUGGAGAAGCUAUGAGGAACUUCAAGGAGCUUUGUUGUGAACGUGACUCACAGAAAAAACUCACGGGAGAGCCUUUCACACCAACUCUAGCUGUGCCUGUGGACAUGUUUCCACACACUCCUCACUGUGAACUGGUGCUGCUGCUCGAGAGGUAGAAGAAGGUCCACACUUUGGCCUCAACUUUUAGAUUUUCACAUUGGGUAGAAAGGAACACAAGGGCUGUGUUUUUAAUGUUUUAUCUGAAAAGAGUCUGAUACACUUAUAAUAAACAAUACAGUCUUCAAGAAAAGUUAUAUGCCCCUCAAAAAGAAGGAAUAAAUAUAACUUUUGAACAUU